AAACUAGGCCAACAUCACCACCAGGAAUGGGCUGGGGUUAAGCUAUGAGUAAGACCCCUGAAUGGUGUGAAGCAGGAAGAGAAGAAGAUAGAUAGAUAGAGAGAGAGAGAGAGAGAGAGAGAGAGAGAGAGAGAGAGAGAGAGAGAGGUACUCAGGAGGACAAACAGAGGAACACAAAAUCUCUGCAAUCCAAACUCCACCGAAUGGUCCGGACGCUCCACGUUUGUGAAGAACGCUGAACUUUACAGAGAAGAAUUUAUUUCGUAAGAAAAUAAAAGAUAAAAUCAAGAAGAAGAAGAAGAAGAGAAAAAGAAAAGAUGAAUGGAUGCGAGCUGACCUGUCUCUUUGUGCUCAUCGCAUUUCCUCUGGCCGUCGCAAACCCGGGGAAUAUAGAGAUUUCUGGGACUAAAGUUACACUGACGAGUCCAGAAAAAGGGACCUGGUAUAAAGGCAACGAAGAAUUGGGUAAUGAAUUUACUUAUACCAUAAAUAAUUACACGGAAGGCGACAACGGUCUGUAUGAAUGCAAAGAAGGCAAUCGAUCCUACUACUUUUACACCAGACUGUACGUGUGUGAAGGCUGUAUGGAGAUGAAAACCGUUGUGGCGUGGGGUAUCGUGCUUGGGGACGUCAUGGUGACGCUCGGGGUCAUCCUCAUUGUCUAUCUCUGUGCCAGCAAGAACACCAGUGCACCUCCUCAGAGAGCACAGAGACGCCAGCUCACACCAGGCACUGCUCAAACAUCUGACACCACUUACCAGGAAUUGACUCCGGGAACUCGUAAUGCAGAUGUGUAUUCAGAUGUUAAAAGGAAAUAAUGAGGAUUCUGACACAAUACACCAGAUACAACCUCAACAACAGGUUGAUGAGAGUCUCAGCUGUUUUCUUUUCUAUAUUAGCUGUUAAUCAGUGUUGAUUUUUUUUUGAGGAUUGAGCUGUUUUUCACCAAAUCAGACUUUAAUUAUUCAUCCUGGUAAGUUCCAGUGUACUCAGCUUUCAUCUUUUAAUACUUUUAUCAGGAUUAUUACAUUAAUCAGUAUAUUAACAAGUAAUAAAUAGUAUUAAUUAGUAUCGCUGUGUGAAAUAGUUUGCUUACUAUUGCUUUGUGCUUGAUGCAGAAUCUGUACUGUCUUAUAUCUAAUGCUUUUCUAAAACUUCAUGUUUAUUAUUCAGAUUAAGAUGAAAUGCUGUGUAGUGUAUCUUCUUUGACCACAGUCAAUGUCUGAUUUUGUAACAUAAAUCUCAAAUUAAAUUAAAUUUAAAUUUAA